AUGGCUAUUCCGGACGAAUGCACCGUGCUCGUCGUCGGCGGAGGUCCAGCAGGAUCCUAUGCCUCAUCCGUGCUUGCACGGGAGGGUAUUCACACCGUCAUGCUGGAGGCAGACACAUUUCCUAGGUAUCAUAUCGGAGAGAGCAUGCUCCCUUCGAUGCGCCACUUUUUGCGAUUUAUCGACCUGGACGAAAAGUUCCUUAGUCAUGGCUUUCGUGUUAAGAACGGGGCUAGUUUUAAACUGAAUUCCAAGCCGGCAACAUAUACCGACUUUAUCGCACCUGGAGGUCCUGGCAGUCACGCAUGGAACAUCAUCCGGUCCGAGGCGGACCAGCUUCUUUUCGAACAUUCUCGAGAGAGCGGCGCGACUGUCUUCGAUGGUGUCAGGGUGACGGACAUUGAAUUUGUUCCGCACGCGUCUAACCAGUUAGGCAAGCCAGUGUCGGCCUCUUGGUCGAGAAAUGACGGCAGCACUGGGAGCAUUCGAUUCGAGUACCUUCUCGACGCGAGCGGGCGUGCUGGAAUAAUAAGCACCAAAUAUAUGAAGAACCGACGCUUCAAUCAAGGCCUUAAAAACCAAGCAAUCUGGGGCUACUGGGAGGGAGCCAGCAUCUAUGCCGAGGGACGCCAGGGGGAAGGCGACCCUCUCUUCGAGGCAAUUUCAGAUGGCAGUGGCUGGAUCUGGACCAUUCCUCUGCAUAACGGGACCACCUCUGUCGGUGUUGUAAUGAACCAAGCCAGUUACACGGAGCGCAAAAAGCAGACUGGGUUGCUCUGCAGCACCGAUCUAUACACUAAGAUCAUUAAAGAGGCACCUACAACCAGCUCCCUACUCGCUAACGCACGCCUGGUUUCAGACAUUAAGUCCGCCUCGGACUGGUCCUACAGUGCGUCGGCAUACGCCAGCCCCUACCUGCGAAUUGCCGGCGAUGCGGGCUGUUUUAUCGACCCUUUCUUCUCGUCUGGCGUGCAUCUGGCUAUGUUGAGCGGCCUCUCGGCGGCAGUCACUAUUUGCGCGUCCAUGCGAGGCGAUUGUGACGAAGAUGCCGCAGCCCAUUGGCACACCGACAAGGUGUCCGAGGGAUACACACGAUUCUUGCUGGUCGUGAUGGUAGUUCUCAAACAGAUCGAGAAUCGUGAGGAGCCAGUUAUUCAUGACUGGGACGAGAAGAGCUUUGAUCGAGCCUUUGCUUUGUUUAGACCUGUUAUUCAAGGCACCGUCAAAGACAACAACAGUAAGCUUACCCAGUCCGAGAUCGCACAUACGGUCGACUUUUGCGCCCACGCUUUCCAGAUGGCGCCGUCUCGGGAGCAAAUCUCGCUGUUACAAAAGCUGCGUGGACUUAUCAGCCAAGAUAAGAGCACUGUUGUACUCGAGAAGGCGCUCUCCCCUGAGGAGCACCAGACCCUUAAUGCCAUUCGCGCCAGACAAAUGGUGCGCAUGGAAGAUUUGCUGCGGAUCGACAAUUUCAGUAAAGACGUUAUCGACGGAAUGAUACCGAUCCUUAAACGAGGUUCCUUGGGCCUUAGAUACUCCGGCGACGACGUCGCGAGCAACGCCAAUCCGAUGGCUUCUUUAGGCCUUGAGGAUAAGAAGCACGGAAUGGAAAUUUUAUUUUGA